UUGUGCAAAAAAAUGUACGCAAUUAAAUGAAUGAUUGGAAAACAAACAAUUAUGCAAGUGAUUUGUAGUGUUUAGUCAACUCAAGUUUCCAUUUGGAACAGCAUUAAGCGUUUUGCGGCUUACUUAUGCUCUCGUUUUGUGAUUGCUGAUUGCACGCUGAAUGCCGGUUGUCUGCUAGGCCCUUUCUUGCCUUCGUUUAGGUUUUGCUUGAUCAAUACAUUGCUCGCUGCCUUGGGGAUAAUUCCUAAAGGUGUUGAAACGCGACACCUGCCGUGUCGGGCUGCACGCAAAGCAGCUCCAGGCAUGCCAACACACUCGAUCCGGCCGCCGCAGCGAUGACAAACUUUUUGGAACAAUUACCUAAGCGCAUUAGAGACAUUGCCGAGAGCCUCAAUGUGCUCACACCAGAGGAAGUGCUAACGACGCCCAGGGUCAAGUUUCUGGACACUCGCGUCACAUCGGUGUACACGCUGGUGCGUAAGUGCACGCCGGACGAUGUGCGUGUGCUGAAGGAUGCGGCAGCCAAGUGGCUGGCAGAGACACCGCUGACAGCGGAUUCCCUGUUCAAGCCGCUGGCCAAUGUCAGAUGGUCACGCGUGUCCUUUGGCUGCCCCGCCCUGGAUCGCUGCACGGGCGGUGGUGUGGUCACGCGGGGCAUAACCGAAAUCUGUGGCGCUGCCGGCGUGGGCAAGACACAACUGCUGCUGCAGCUGGCGCUCUGUGUGCAGCUGCCGCUGCAGCUGGGCGGCCUGGGCAAGGGCGUGGCUUACAUAUGCACAGAGGAUGUCUUUCCGGCGCGACGUCUGCGUGAGAUGAGCAACGCCAUGGAGGCGCGCUACCCCCAGGAGUCACUCAAUCUAAUGGGCAACGUUUUCGUGGAGCAUCAGCGCGAGAUUGAUACGCUUAUUAAUUGUGUUGUCAAUCAUCUGCCGCGGCUGCUGCGGCAGCACAGCAUUGGCCUGAUCGUCAUCGAUUCGGUGGGUGCCAUCUUUCGGCUCUUCACGGACUACCUGGAGCGCGCCAGGCUAAUGCGUCGUCUGGCCAAUGCUUUGAUUAGCUACGCGGACAAGUACAACUGCGCCGUGGUGUGCGUCAAUCAGGUGUCCAGCAAGUGCAAUGGCAGCUCGGAUGAUGCGCCCUGCCUGGGCCUGCAAUGGUCGCAUCUGGGACGCACUCGCAUGUGCAUUACGCGCGUGCCCAAGCAGCACAUGGUCCAGGAUCAGCUGCUGACAGUGCGCAAGCUGGAGAUUUUGUACUCCCCAGAGACGCCCAAUGAUUUUGCCGAGUUUCUGAUCACCGCCCAGGGUGUGGUGGAGCUGCCCGCCAAAGUGCGACGCUUGUGAAUUUUCAUAGAAUUUUUAUUUUUUAUAUU